AUGGAAGACAUUGAGCUCGAGUUAGAAGGUUUGGAGUCUAUCUAUGGUUCGGAAAAUGUGAAAUACAGUUCAAAUGCUCCUAAUGUUAGUGGGGUCAUCAGAAUCGAGAACUCUUCAAAUGAUAGGACUUAUAAAUUAAAAACUAUUAAAGACAAAGUCGAGACCACAGAGGAAGUGUCUGCUCUUUCGCCGGUUGUUCUGAGCUUCACAUUGCAAUCUUUAUAUCCUAACGAGAAACCUAUAUUAGAAAUCAAAUGUGACUGGAUGGACCAAGAUGCAAAAAGAAAGUUGAUGCAUUCCUUGAAUGAAGUUUGUGAUGAAUACCUCGGCUAUUCCGUCUUAUCUGCUUGUUGCCAAAGCAUUUUCGACUUCGCUGCUGAUUUGAUGGAAAAGAACGAUUGUUUUGAUUUGACACAUCUGAAGCCCGCCGAGUUUUCUGAUUUUCUAGAAAGCUGUGAGUUGGCCGAUCAAAGAAUUUUCGAUACCCAGUGUCAUGAUUGUGAUAUUUGUACUAUUAACCAAACGGGAACAAACUUUGUAAAAUUUCGCCCUUGCUCACAUAUUUUCUGUAAAGACUGUUGUCGUAACUAUUUCAAUGAUCGUUUGAAGAACGUACAGGUAAAACAGUUGGAAUGUUUAUCUUCCGAUUGUCAUUCUUCAGCUGCUUCUAGGGUUAUCAAAGAAUUACUGGGUGAAGAGGAAUAUGAGCGUUACGACGGAAUAUUGCUUGAAAACGCUAUCGCUCAAAUGAGCGAUGUUGUUGCUUGUGCUAGAUCUAGAUGUGGACAACCCGCUAAUAUUUCAGAAGAACCGAGGUACUUGGCCAUUUGCUCAGUUUGUGAAUUCACUUUCUGCAUUUUAUGCCGAAAAACUUUCCAUGGGGUCGAUAACUGCCGUUUCACAGAUGUACACAAAAAUGCAAUAGUAGAAAGUUGGGAAAACGGUACCGAAGAAGAGAAAAACAAGAUGAUCACUCACUUUGGUGGAUUGCAACAGUAUCAGAUCGCUGUUGAAAACAUAAAGAGUGAGAUAUGGAUUCAAGGAAAUGGCCGUCAAUGUCCCAGAUGCAAAGUUCCUAUUGAGAAGAAUGAAGGUUGCAACAAAAUGCUCUGCGUCAAAUGUAGUUGUGCUUUCUGUUGGUUGUGCAAUGCUAUCCUUGACAAAAACGAUCCAUAUGCUCAUUUCACAGAAAGUGGACAGACCAAUUGUUUCAACCGUCUCUUCGAAUUCAUAGAAGAAGAGCUUCCCGAUUUAGAUUUGGAUGAAGAUGAUCAAUCAGAAGGCACUGACGACACUGUAGAUACCUGGAACCCGUCUGAAAUAGACGACAGUGAUAUGUAUACUUCUGACGAAUCGUGA